AUGACAGAUAAUACAUAUCCAGAUCAAUUAGUCGAGAAAGAGGGUGCUACCGACGCUAUGCAUCAGGAGCACAAGGAGGGCGUCAAGGUUGAGACUGUUCAAGGCUCACUGGCUCUCGACAUUGCCAGGCGGACGAACCCCCUAACCCCUGGAGCUUCAGGAUUUGAUGGCUCCCUGAUGGGUGCUCUGCUCCCCAUACACCAGUUCCGUGAAACUUUUGGUUCCGGUUUGGUCGGUUCCAAAGCCUCCUUAAUUCAGGGAAUGUACACCAUUGGAGGUGUCUCCGCGCUGCCGUUCGUCGGAGUGUUCCUAGAUACUUGGGGCCGACGGUGCGGCAUGUUUACUGGAUCCUGUGCUGUUAUCCUGGGUACAAUUAUCGGCGGUACUGCCAACCACAUGGAUCAAUUGCUCGCCAGUAGAUUCUUCCUUGGGUGGGGAUAUUCCCUGGCCUCCGCUGCCGCACCCGCCUACGUCGUCGAGAUGAGCCAUCCUGCCUACCGUGAUGUUCUGACCGGUUUAUACAAUUGCCAGUACUUCGUCGGCGCUAUUGCCGCGGCUGGUGCUUGUCGUGGAUGUCUGAGAUUUGAGAGUUCGCUCGCGUGGCGCAUCCCCAUUUGGUGUCAGUUGAUUUCAUCCAGCAUUGUGGUGUUGACUGUUUGGUUUAUACCCGAAUCACCUCGAUGGCUCUACAGCCAUGGACGCCGCGAGGAAGCCUGGGAUGUUAUCACCAAAUAUCACGGCGAGGGUGUCCGGGAUAAUGCCUAUGUUCAUCUACAGGUCCGGGAAUACGAAGAGGCGAUCAACCUGGAAGGUUCGGAUAAGAACUCUUGGGACUUUAGAGGUCUCAUUAACACAAAGGCCGCGAGAUGGCGCCUCAUGUGUGUGGCUAUCGCAUCUUUUAUGAGUCAGUGGGCCCAGGCUGGUGUCACGACCUACUACAUUGGUGGGCUUUUAGCCACAGCCGGUAUCACUGAUACAACGCGAGUGCUGGACGUCAAUCUUGGCAACACAGUUCUUUCUGCUGGAUUAGCCUAUCUGGGAAGUUAUUUGGGCCCAAAAUUCCGACGCAGACCUAUGAUGAUUGGCGCGUCUAUUGCUUGCAGUAUCUGCUUUGCUUGCUUCGCAGCCACAACCGGAGUGUACACAAAAACAGAGGAUACAGGAGCCGCCACAGCUUCUAUUGUGUUUAUCUUCUUGAUCGGCGCUUGUUUCAGCUUCGGCUGGACCCCAUUGCAAGCCAUGUACGCCGUCGAAUGUCUUUCAUACGAGACUCGUGCUAAGGGUAUGGCGAUGUACUCUGUCUUCACCAAUAUUGCCUUGCUGGUGAAUCAGUUCGGAGUCGGCAAUGCUAUCGAUGUUAUUGGCUGGCACACUUAUAUCAUCUUGGCCGGCUGGAAUAUCGUCCAGGGAGUGUUUAUCUACUUCUUCGCUGUCGAAACGAACAAUCGGACCCUCGAAGAACUCUCAGAGAUCUUUGACGCGCCCAACCCUCGGAAGAAGAGUACGGAAUCACGGCAGGUCUUGGUUUCAGAGACUGCGAACCAGGUGGUCGAAGUCAAGGGUGCAUAG